ACCGCAUUCAGGGGAGGUUGGCUGGCCAUUGGAUUGUCCGUGUCCAUCUCUCACACAACACACAGCAGCUGCUUCCAUGGCUAGCGUGCUCAGCAACUCUAGGCGGUCUUCAACUCGGAGGGAAGCAAGGACCAGUGCCCCGACAAUCGUCCUUUCAUCGACCCUGGACGAAUCCACAUCACUUAAGACUUCAUCUCGGAAUCACAAGGACAGCCUUGUUGACACCAACAAUAAUGGAGACGUACAAAAUGGCAUAUCACGCCAAGCAAGGGAUGGUUUCCUUUUCGAGGCGGAUAUAAAGAUCGAGACAGCGCAAGGCAGACUAGAGUCCGAUGAUCAGGAACUGGAUAUGAGUGAAUAUGGUGCGUUCAAUCCUGCCCAUCCGGUCACGGUACCAAUUGUGGUUUGGCAAUUGAACUUCUAACCAACAACAACACUCUAGAACGACUGCGACUGGAGAAUAUCAAGCGAAAUCAGGAGAUGCUCCAGUCCUUGAGACUGUCCACCGUUGCGACAGAGAUGCAACUGGCAUCGCUGGAAGAUAGCUUUGAAAAGGGAAAAAAGUCGAAGGUUGGAGCCACAUCGCGAGCUAUCCCUGCUUCUGUUAUGAAACGAAAGCAGAAUCCCGUCCUCGCGCCAAGGAUAGCACAGCCCGUUAGAUUGUCGAAGCGACUACGCGGUUUAGCCGCACCAUCUUUGGAAAUUGGGGAGAAUGACAAUAUGCUUCAAGGAGAAGAGCGAGCGGCCCGAAAUGAUCGCAGUAGAUCGCGAGGAAGUGAGGCCGAUGGAAAUGCCGACGGCGACAGCGACAGCGAGAUAGACAGGAUAAAUCUUAUGUCAGGCGACCUCUACUUUGACAAGGAGACGCGAGAAAAAGCUAUUCGUGUCGAUGGCCACUACAAAGGCUGGCUCCACCCUGAUCUCAUAGAAAAAUAUGGGUUCGAGAAAACGUCUGAAGAGGCCUGGGAGGCCAACGGAGGAGGUUCGUUUUCGUUUGGGGAUCCUCUUGGACAAACUGAACAAUCGAGUGCCUUCAGGUCAAAGUUCAAGAAGCCGAAACAUGAUGCCAAGAUGGUAUCCAAAGCCUCUUUCAAGAAAAAUCCAAAUGCAUUUUUUUAUCGGCAUAACGAACCUGGACAGGAACAAUGGAUGGGGGACUGGACACAGGAGGAGUCGGAACUGUUCCUCAAAGUUGCCAGAGAGCACGGGUGCGGCGACAAGUGGGGUCUCUUCUCAAGCCAUAUUCCACACCGUGUUGGCUACCAAUGUAGCAACCACUACCGCCAGGUGGUCUUACCUGAGGGCCUAGUCUUUGACCCGAACUACAAGUAUACAUCAACAGGCAGCCCCGUUUAUUGCGGAAAGUAUAACAAACGUCGCUAGUAGUCAACGUACACGCGCACGUACGAGUAAAUUGUAUUUUUUGAGGCACCAUGCACUCCGUCUUUUCAUAUUCAUAAAAACAAG